UGUGUCAUUUGCAUUGUGUUGUACGUAUUUUAUUUAAUUUUGCCUUUUUCGUGUGUUUUAAGUCUUGUUCAAAUUUCAAUUAUACAAAUCAGUUCUUAUUAGAACUAAACCGGGUACCUGUACUUGAUGUUGUUGGUGCAAAUACUUCGAAAUAUGGAUUCCACGCCAAGUACAAGUAAAGCGAACAUUUCACCUGUAAAAAGGCGUACGCGUCUUAAUUUGGGGCAUUUAUCGAUCUCAGAAAAGCAGUGCAUACUCAACUUAUAUAAACAGAUAUUAACUGAUGACCCUGGCACAAAGAUGGUUACCAUUGUUGCAAAAAUUGCUGAUGCCGCAGGAAUUGCAAAAUCCACGGUUUACCGAACAAUAAAGGAGUAUAAGAAAACGGGAGCUGUAACUCCUUCUAAACGUUCGGGGGGUCGCCCACCUUUGGUAUCGCAAUUUGAGGAAAGCACAAAAACAUCAGUUCGUCAAAUUAUUCACAACUUUUUCUACCACAGUGAACUUCCCACUUUGGACAAAAUCUUAAAAGAAAUUAAUAGUCGUGAGGAUUUACCACAAAUGUGUCGUUCAUCUUUAUAUAAAUUAAUGAAGCAAAUUAAUUUUAAAUAUUUAAAACGCAGUCGUAAAAGUGUUCUAAUUGAACGAGACGACAUAAUAAGAUGGAGACGAAAGUAUUUAAAAGCUAUUAAACAAUAUAGGAACGAAGGACGAGCCAUAUAUUACUUAGAUGAAACAUGGUUAAAUGAAGGCCAUACAAAACAGAAAGUGUGGACUGAUGAUAACAUUCGUACUCGACGACAAACGUUUGUGGAAGGAUUGUCUACCGGUUUAAAAAAUCCUUCUGGAAAAGGGAAACGUCUCAUUAUUUUACAUGUUGGCUCUGAGAACGGUUUUGUAAACGAGGGUCUACUACUUUUUGAAGGAAGAAAAACAUCCGAUUAUCAUGAAGAAAUGAAUGCGGAAGUGUUUGAAGAAUGGUUUGCAUCUUUCUUAGUGAAAAUUCCUGAAAAUGCUGUAAUUGUUAUGGACAAUGCACCAUACCACAGCCGAAAGCUGGAAAAGAUUCCCACAUCGUCAUCUCGUAAAAGCCAAAUGCAAGAGUGGCUUCAAGCAAAAGAUAUCGAUUUCGAUGAAGAAAUGGUUCGAUCUGAACUUUUACAAUUAAUUAUUUUAAAUAAAUAUAAAUUUGAUGCAUAUGCUACUGACGAAAUGGCAAGAAGCAAAAACAAAAUUGUGUUGAGGUUGCCUCCUUACCACUGUGAGUUAAAUCCGAUCGAACUAAUAUGGGCUAAAAUAAAAACUGAAGUGGCAUCUAAAAAUAAAACAUUUAAACUAAAAGAUGUGAAACAACUUUUUUUAAAUGCAGUUGAAAAUGUUUCGGUUAGUGAUUGGCAAAGGUGUGUAAAUCAUAUUAUUAAGGAGGAAGAUAAAAUGUGUAAUUUAGAUGGUAUAAUGGAUAACAUUAUAGAACCAUUCAUUAUUUCAGUUGAUACCAAUGAGGACAGCAGUUUUGGUGA